UGGAGCGGUUGUGCGAUCAGAUCGAUCUAAGAUGGCGACUGUCGAACCGGAAACCACUCCUACUCCUAAUCCCCCGGCUACAGAAGAGGAAAAACCAGAAUCUAAUCAGGAGGUCGCUAAUCCAGAACACUAUAUUAAACAUCCUCUGCAGAACAGAUGGGCACUCUGGUUUUUUAAAAAUGAUAAAAGCAAAACUUGGCAAGCAAACCUACGGCUGAUCUCUAAGUUUGAUACCGUUGAAGACUUUUGGGCUCUGUACAACCAUAUCCAGUUGUCUAGUAAUUUAAUGCCUGGCUGUGACUACUCACUUUUUAAGGAUGGUAUUGAGCCUAUGUGGGAAGAUGAGAAAAACAAACGGGGAGGACGAUGGCUAAUUACAUUGAACAAACAGCAGAGACGAAGUGACCUCGAUCGCUUUUGGCUAGAGACACUGCUGUGCCUUAUUGGAGAAUCUUUUGAUGACUACAGUGACGAUGUAUGUGGCGCUGUUGUUAAUGUUAGAGCUAAAGGAGAUAAGAUAGCAAUAUGGACUACUGAAUGUGAAAACAGAGAAGCUGUUACACAUAUAGGGAGGGUAUACAAGGAAAGGUUAGGACUUCCUCCAAAGAUAGUGAUUGGUUAUCAGUCCCACGCAGACACAGCUACUAAGAGCGGCUCCACCACUAAAAAUAGGUUUGUUGUUUAAGAAGACACCUUCUGAAUAUUCUCAUAGGAGACUGCGUCAAGCAAUCGAGAUUUGGGAGCUGAACCAAAGCCUCUUCCAAAAGCAGAGUGGACUGCAUUUAAAUUUGAUUUCCAUCUAAAUGUUGCUGAGAUAUAAGAGAAGUCUCAUUUGCCUUUGUCUUGUACUUCUGUGUUCAUAUAUAUAUAUAUUUUUUUGGCUAGAGUGUCCACUAUCCCAAUCAAAGAAUUACAGUGCACAUCCCCAGAAUCCAUAAGUGUGUUCCUGGCCCACUCUGUAAUAGUUCAGUAGAAUUACCAUUAAUUACAUACACAUUUUACCUAUCCACAAUAUUCAAAAAACAACUUGGCAUUUCUCUACUUUACAGGAAAAAAAUUCUGUUGAUGUUCUGUUGUAUGCAGGAGCAUAUUUUGCUGGUUUGAAAGAUUAUGAUGCAUACAGUUUUCUAGCAAUUUUCUUUGUUUCUUUUUACAGCAUUGUCUUUGCUGUACUCUUGCUGAUGGCUGCUAGAUUUUAAUUUAUUUGUUUCCCUACUUGAUAAUAUUAGUGAUUCUGAUUUCAGCUUUUCAUUUGUUUUGCUUUUGUUUUUUUUCCUCAUGUAACAUUGGUGAAGGAUCCAGGAAUAUGACACAAAGGUGGAAUAAACAUUAAUUUUGUGCAUUCUUUGGUAAUUUUUUUGUUUUUUUUUGUAACUACAAAGCUUUGCUACAAAUUUAUGCAUUUCAUUCAAAUCAGUGAUCUAUGUUUGUGUGAUUUCCUAAACAUAAUUGUGGAUUAUAAAAAAUGUAACAUCAUAAUUACAUUCCUAACUAGAAUUAGUAUGUCUGUUUUUGUAUCUUUAUGCUGUAUUUUAACACUUUGUAUUACUUAGGUUAUUUUGCUUUGGUUAAAAAUGGCUCAAGUAGAAAAGCAGUCCCAUUCAUAUUAAGACAGUGUACAAAACUGUAAAUAAAAUGUGUACAGUGAAUUGUCUUUUAGACAACUAGAUUUGUCCUUUUAUUUCUCCAUCUCUAUAGAAGGAAUUUGUACUUAUUGCAGGGCAGUCUCUGUAUUGUGUCUUCUUUUGUGGUGUCUUCCAUGUGAACAGCAUAAGUUUGGAGCACUAGUUUGCUUAUGUUUAUUACAAUUUUUAAUAAAUUGAAUAGGUAGUAUCAUAUAUAUGGAAUUAAAUUGAUGUGGCUAUCUUUGUUUUUUUAUAAAGUAAGGCACAGUCCUUCAGUCUUAGGUAAAUAAUGUACUCUCUUAAUAUGUUAAUACUCAUGAGAAUUGGGAUCUGACGCAUCACCAUUUGAUUAGUAGCAACAGUGGUUGUAAAACUUGGUUGCUGAAUUGAGUUGUUUGUAUGUAAGUGUCAAAAUGAUAGUAUAGGGAAAGGACAGGUGGUGGGGAUGUAUGCAUUAAGAAUUUUGUUAGUGUUGCAAUCUAAAUCGAAUGGAAUAAACAGGUAUUAAGACAUUUAUAGUGAUAAAUUGUUGUAGUAUGGUAUUCUGUAAACUUGAAAACUUGAUCUACUCUUUGUAGGUAUCAUUGGAAAACAAACUUGAAAGUAUUUUGUACAUAGUACAUACUUGUAUAGUCCUGUGAAAUGAAGUAUGGCUAUCAGACCAAAGGAUAAGCCAAGCUCUAGGUAGCAGAAUGGAAAUUACUAGUUUGAGAGGAAAAUUUGUCUUUGAAUGUUGACUAUGACUUAAUCAUUUUAAAACUGAUAAACUUGACAAACACCAUGUAUGAAAUAAACAUGAAAUUAAUAGCA